AUGAUGACUCAAGAGAAGGCUUAUAGAUAUGCUCAAGGUGAAAGAGGUCAUAAGAAUACUGAACUGUUUAUUAAAAACAAGGCUUUCAUUUUCUUUUCUGAAUAUGAUCCAAGUUACAAACAAACUGAAACAUUAGCUUAUCAUAAUGGAUCCAAUGGAAGAAGAAAAAACUACAGAGGUGGUUACAAAGGAAGAAAGACUUAUCACCCAUACAGUAGAGAAAACAGAAACGACAAUGAAGACAAGAAUGGUGAUAAGAAGAAGGAAAACCUGAAGCUGGAUGAAUCUCCCAAAAGAAAGAAUGAAUCUUCUAGAGGAAAGGAGAAAACUGAGAACAACAAGAACAACACAAACAAUGAAAGCAGUACUGAUAAGAUUGUUAAAUUAGGUGAAGUUUUUCUGGAAGUAAGUUCAGAAGACUCCAGUGAAGCCAUUUAUUACUAUGAUGAAGAUGAUGAAUACAAGGAUAUUAAAGUUGCUGAUAAAUCAAAGAUGAUUUUGUAUGAUUCAGGUGCAAGUACUUCGGUUGUUACAGAUAGAAGUUUAUUGACGAACUUUAACAAGAGAAACACGAAACAGUUCAAGGUUGCUGAUGAAAGUAUUUUGAGGUCACAAGGAUCAGGUACGUUGAAGUUAAAUGUCAAUUGUGAAGAAAUUGCAAUUCCAGAUGUAUCGUUGGUACCGAAUGCAGCAUUGAAUAUAAUUUCUGUGGGUCAAUUAACUGAGUUUGGAUAUAAUGCUUAUGUGUGCAAUAAAUACUUGUAUUUGUUGAAUAUGAAUGAACGGAGAUGCAUUCUUGUAGCUAAAAAUAUUGGUAAGAAGAAUCUUUACAUGGGACCAAUAAAUGGUGAAGUUGAAUCUGAUGAAGCUUUAGAGAUAGGAUUUUUAUAUAUGCUUAAUGUACAUAAUCUUCCAAGAGUAGAAUCGAGUAACGAAAACACAUUGUAUGGUCAACAUCUUGCUGGUAAUCAUAUGUCUUUAGAGGCAUUGAAGACUAGAAUCAAGAAGAAAGAAAUUAAUGUAAAGAUCACUCCUGAGGAUGUUGAGAAGAUUAGAUUAUGUCCAGUUUGCUUAGCUGUCAAUGCUAUCCAACAGUCCCAUAAUAAGAAAAGUCAGAAAGCUGCUGAAAGACCUUUGGAAAGAGUCCAUUGCGAUACAGUCGGUCCAAUUGAAAUUGGUUUAGUGAAGCAUUAUGUUACAUUAUUGACUGAUGGUUAUAGUAAUUAUAUUGAACCUAUUAUAACUCAAACUAAGGCUAUUAAAGAAACAACUUUAUCAUUGUUGAAGUUAUGGAAUAGUUACCAUAGUGAACAUAAGAUUGCUCAUUUUCGCUCUGAUAAUGCUGCUGAGAUGCCAUCCACUAGGGAAUUAUUAAGCUUAGGUAUUAGAAGAGACACUAUCGGUGCAUAUACCCCUGCUUUAAAUGGUACAGCUGAACGUGCAAAUAGAACAAUAUUUGAUGCUAUUAAGAGAUGUGCAUUAAGUUUCCCAGGAAAACAUAAGGAAGUAUUGUCAUUGUUUUAUUAUAUCUGUAUUUAUUGUGUUACAACUGUGAAUCAUACACCAAAGAAGAGAUUCGGUGGUUUGUCACCUUAUCAGAAGUUUACUGGAAUACAUGACUACAAGUUUAAUUUUCAUACUUUUGGUGUGGAUGUUAUAGUGAAGUGUUCAUCCAAAGUUGAAGCUAAUAGAUUGGGAGUUGAUUUAGAUAAGGCUACUCCUGCAGUUGCAUUUGGAACUUUCUUAGGAUAUGGAACAGAUUCGAAUAGUUACAUUAUUAUGGUAUCAACUAAAGAUUAUCCAGUGAUAGUUACAUCUAAUGUUACAUUUUUGAGAAGUUUUGCUGUCAUACAUCAAUAUUUUGAUUAUUAUGCUGAGAGACAUGAUGUAAUGAGAUUAGACAUUAAGGAACUCAAUAAAUUUUUGGUAAAGGCGUCUGAGAAGCCUGAACAUGUGAAGAUGAAUUCGGUGAUGAAUAUACCUCACACAUAUCCAAAUUUGAAUGAAGAUUUUGAAGUGAUUAAUGAUGAAGAUAGCAACAUUCGAGUUGUUAGGGGGGAAGUUGAUAGAGACAACAACCCAAAUGUUUUAGAAACUGAUAAAGAACGUCAGUGUCAUCUGAGAGGAUUGGAUGAUGUAAUCGGUCGUGAUCUGGAACACCGUGUUGACGGUAGAUCAUUUGGGAUGAUCCAGGGUACUGAAGACAACCACAGAGAGGUGGAAGACAGUAACAAAAAUGGCAGACACGAUCAGACUGGUAAUAACGAGAUUACUGGUAAUUUGGCCUUUGAAAGUCAAAACAUCGAUAACACCGUGAUCAAAGAGGGUCAAUGUGUGGAUGAUAAUGAAAACACCGUGGUCAUAGAGGGCCAAUGCGUGGAUGAUAGUAACAAUGUGGUUGCUAUUGAUUUGGUUGGAGAAGACCAAGAAUUGGAGAAUCUGGUAAAGGCCAGAAAAUCCAAGAAGAAGAGGAAGAAGGGUGGAAAGCAUCCUGAUUUCUCGAAUGGGGUUAAGUCGGUUAGGAAAACUUUACUUCGUGGCAGACACCAUGAAGCUGACACAACAAAAGCAAGAAAAAGGAAGAUUGCUGAAGUCCAAGAAGUGCAUGAAGAACCAGUGAAGAGAUCCAGCAGAGGAAGAUUGAUCAAACCAAAGAAAUACUUGUAUAUGAUGAAUUCAUUCCUUGAUGAAGAAGAAGAUAUUGAACCAAUUGAACCAGAACAUUUAUUUGCUGUCAUUGAUAGAAUUGAUCAUACUAAUCAAGAUUGGAUAAAUGCCAAAGAAAAAGAAAUCAAAAAGUUCAAAGAACUCAAGGUAUUUAAAGUUGUAAAGAUUCCAGAAGGUAAGAAACCAAUUCCAACUAGAUGGGUAUUUACUAAGAAAGAAGAUGAUUUGAAGAAAGAAGUUUACAAAGCAAGAUGUGUGGUCCAAGGAUUUAGACAACAUGAAGGUAUUGAUUUUGAUAUUAGUAAGAUAUCAUCUCCAGUUACUGAUUUAACUACUAUUAGGUUAUUGACUGCUAUUGCUACUGAAUUUAGUUUUAAGAUCCACCAUUUAGAUGUGAAAUCAGCUUACUUGAAUGCAGAUUUAUCAGAUGAUAUUUAUGUUAAACCACCACCUGGUUAUGAACUUGAAGAAGGUAAAUGUUGGAAGUUAAAUAAAUCAGUUUAUGGCCUUAAGCAAGCCGGUUAUGAAUGGUUUAUGACGUUUACAAAGAUUUUUAUGAAGUUAGGAUUCCAGAAUAUUGUUGAUACGUUAUUCCUCAAAAGAAAUGGUUCUGAUUUAAUAAUUACUGCUAUCUAUGUUGAUGAUGUUUUUAUAAUUUGUUCCAAUGAUGCAUUAUUUGAAGAUUUUAAAACAAAAUUAAAAAACGAAGUCGACUUUAAGGAUUUAGGGGAGAUUUCUGAAUAUCUUGGAGUUAAAUAUGAGAAAACUAAAGAUGGUUAUUCUAUUAGUCAAAAGGAAUUCCUCAAGAAGAUUGUUGAUAAAUACUGUGCAAAAGAUGAAAAGAAAUUCAGAUUAACCAAUGGUAAGAAGUAUGUCAAAUCAAUUCCAAUCGUGAAAGACAACUACAAACCUGAAGAUAAAGAAGAAGGAUUCUUUGUUAAGAAUGUAAAUGGUGAAUAUUUAGAUGCUGAAUGCAAACGUGAAUAUCAAUCAAUUGUUGGACUGUUAUUGUGGGCUGCUAAUAAUACUAGACCAGAUAUCAGUUAUGCUGUUAAUUAUUUGGGUAGAAGGGCAUCCAAGCCUACUGUGAAUGAUUUUGAGAAGUUGAUGUAUUGUCUCAGGUAUAUUAAGUGUACAUUAGAUACUAAGAUUGAUUACAAAAGAGAAAGUGGAAGACCAGUUGGUAAGUUCAAACUUAAUACAUUUUCAGAUGCUAGUUAUGCUCCGGAUAUUGAAAGAUAUUCUAUUUCAGGAAGAGUUAUUUAUUUGAACAAUUAUUUAAUCAGUUGGGCUACCAAACGUCAAAAGACUAUUGCUACUAGUACUUAUGCAAGUGAGAUAGUUGCAUUGAAAGCAACUGUGUAUGAAUCAUUGAAGUUGAAAGAUGUGAUGGAAAAAAUGGAUUUCAAAAUUGAUGAAGUUAUAGCAAGGGAAGACAAUAUGGCUGUGGUCAAGUAUUGUAAGAACAUUCAUUGGAAUCAUUCAAAGAAACAUAUUGAUAUUGCUUAUAAGUAUUUACGUGAUCUUGUUGCAGAUGGUACAAUUAUCUUAUCUUGGGUUAGCACUAAGGCUAAUAUUGCUGAUAUGUUCACUAAAGCUUUAGGUAAACAGGAUUUUGUGAAUUUCAAGAAUCAAUUAUUUGGAUUGAGUAAGUUGCAUAAGGAGUUGGAAGAAAUCAACUUUAUGUUGGAUGUGUCAGUGGAUUCGGUGAAAGCUGUCGGAGAAAUUUUGGGUUACUGA